AUGUCCUACAUUCUUCGUAAUAAUAACAGUAGCGACGAGAAAGCAAGGGCCCGAGGCCUUUCCGAGGACGAGAUUGCCGAGAACGCGAGAGUUCUUAUUGUCGCCGGCAGCGAAACGACGGCCACGCAGCUUGGUGGCGCAACUUACUACCUGCUUGUAAACCGUGACAAGUACGACAUACUGGUUGCCGAGAUCCGGGGGGCCUUUGCCUCCGAGGAAGAAAUCACAAUCGCGUCAGUUAACAGACUCGAAUACCUCAUCGCCGUCCUCAGCGAGAGCUUCAGGAUGUACCCUCCUGUCCCCGUAGGCCUAGAUCGCGUCGUGCCCGAAAACGGCGAGACUGUUGAAGGCUACUUUCUUCCGCCAAAGACCGUCGUCUCCGUGCAUCACUGGUCAUCCUACCAGUGCGCGCAGAACUUCUCCGAGCCCCAGCGUUUCCUUCCCGAGCGAUGGCUACCCAGCGUCAAUACGACCGAUCCUCGUUUCGCCAACGACAAGCGCGACGUCCUGCAGCCCAUCGCGGUCGGGCCCAGGAACUGCAUCGGCAAGAACCUGGCCUACGCCGAGAUGCGCCUGAUUCUGACCCGCCUGUUGUACAACUAUGACCUGGAGCUCAGGCCGGAGAGCAGUGACUGGCCCAACCAGCGCAUCUUCACGCUGUGGGAGAAGGGUGAUCUCAUGGUCAAAGUUACACCAAGAGAGCUUCCUUAUGGCUCGGUCAGCAGAGCCCCGAGUACGGCAUGA